AUGUCCUACAUACGAGAAGUAGUAAGAUCUCCCCACAUCAGAUCGGAGGAAAUUCUUCAAGCUGCACGAGUUAUGUCGAGUGCCCUAUCUAUCUACUUUGGGCUUCCUGAGGCCCGGCUGUUUCGAUUCCCUCCCGGACCCCAUCCGCCUCUUAUCAGACCUGCACGGGAAGAAAUCUCAUGGAAACGCCCUAUCAAUAUAUCCUCCACCGUUUACAAUUUCAGUCUCGAUGCCAGAGUUCCUAUUAUUACGGCAUGCUUGUAUCUCGUCUUCGUUUGUGCCCUGAAUUAUCUGAAUAAGAAAAGACGGUAUUCUCCGUGGCCUAUAACUCGCAGGACGUCGUUUACCCGCAUUGCUUUCGUGCAUAAUAUUUUGCUUAGUAUCUUUUCCGCUUGGAUAUUCUUGGGCGUAUACCAGACAGUCACAUCCUCUCUUCCGCCUCCCCCAAGAGCGCCUUACCACAUCGCAGAUGUCUUGUGCAGAUUUGACCGCAGUCAAGGAAGCGGGCUGCUGCCUGAAUCGACUGCGGUGGGGAGUACACAGUCACCGCUAGCUACUCUUCAUGAUGAUUUCGCAGGAAUCUACGGGGCUGAGUCUCUGUGGGAGAAAGGCAUGAACUACUACACAUGGUUGUUCUACAUAUCCAAAUACUACGAGGUCAUAGACACCGUACUUCUGCUGGUGAAGGGAAAAAGGGUCUCUUCCUUACAGAUGUAUCACCACGCGGGACUCCGCAAGCGGUUGUGGGUGUCUCCUUGA